UAUAGAAGUUCGCCAAGCUGCAAAAACAAUCGAAAUAUCAAACAUCAUCGACCCAAUUCUGGAUGAGUACGUGCUUCAAACAAAACUAAGCGGCAACGACGGUAAAAGGAAGAAAGUACAAAUUUAGUUAGAAAUUCGAAUUGCCAGGAGAGAAAGAGAUAAGUACUAUUAUGAUGGUGCCCAGUCAGAAAGUAACGAAAAAAUGGGAAAUUUUCGCUGGUCGAAACAAAUUUUACUGCGACGGGUACCUGAUGACGGCGCCAAACUCUGGAGUAUUUUAUUUUACUGUAGUGCUCAUAACCGGGACCAGCGGACUGUUCUUUGCAUUUGACUGUCCCUUCCUAGCCGAACGGAUAACGCCGGCUAUUCCGAUCAUCGGUGGCAUCCUAUUUGUGUUCACGAUGAGUUCUCUCUUCCGCACAUCGUUCAGCGAUCCGGGCAUCAUUCCGCGAGCUUCCCAGGACGAAGCCGCCUACAUCGAGAAGCAAAUCGAAGUGCCAAACUCGCUGAACAGUCCGACCUACCGGCCACCUCCGCGCACCAAGGAGGUCUUCGUGAAAGGCCAAACGGUGAAGCUGAAAUACUGCUUCACGUGUAAAAUUUUCCGACCACCGCGAGCUUCGCACUGUAGUUUAUGUGAUAAUUGCGUUGAUCGGUUCGAUCAUCACUGCCCAUGGGUGGGCAACUGCGUGGGAAAACGAAACUAUCGUUUCUUCUAUAUGUUUAUCGUCUCUCUCGCGUUCUUAGCAGUAUUUAUAUUUUCUUGUACAACAACGCAUAUAGUUUUGUUAUUCAAAGACGAGGAUCAAUUUUUUGACAUUGUCAAAAAGACUCCAUUCAGUGUGAUAAUAGCGGUAAUUUGUUUCUGUUCAGUGUGGUCCGUGAUCGGCUUGGCCGGCUUCCACACCUACUUAACCACCAGCGAUCAGACAACGAAUGAAGAUAUCAAAGGUUCUUUCACCUCCAAAGGGGGCCAACAGGCAAUCAAUCCCUACUCGCAGGGAAACAUUUGCUUGAACUGUUUUCACAUUCUGUGUGGCCCGAUUACACCAUCGCUAAUUGAUAGGCGAGGGAUAGUGACGGACGAGUAUCGAACGCAAAUGCAGGCACCCGACAAAUACAAUAGCGCACCGGUGCCACCGCUGGUCGUCAUACAACCCGGAAUGGAUGCACAGAACAAGCCGUACAGUUUAGAGAGUGAAACGCAAAACUCUAGUGCGGGCGUAUUCCGACAGCGAAGCUACGAUAACUUACAGAAUGUACCGAUACCAUCCAAUUUCAAGUACUUUGCCCCUCAGUCGAAGUACAAUACAUACAGCGAAAGUCAGAACCAACUUGUUCCGCAAGUUUCUCCAGCGGUUCUCCAGAGUCAACAAAGCAGCGAUGCGCAGCAGCAACUUCAGCUUCAGCAACAGCAACAACAGCAAAUCAAUAUUAACAUCAAUUUUACCCUGCCCAGGUAUCCCUAUCAUAAAAAUCGUGCUAUUGGUAGAAAGUCAUCUCACGACCUGCAAUUGCACGAACAAUCAUCUAGCAAGCUGUUCUACUCGAACUAUCCAGCCUACUAUAAUCACUCCAGUACCAAUAGUCUCAAUAACAACCUCAACAGCAAUGCACCGCCUACUCCGCACAAUAACCUUCUAGCAAUGACCGAUUCGUCCUCGUCCUCUACCACUACCAUCUCCUCCUCGUCCACUUCCACGACUUCCUCACUUGAGCGGAGCAACAUGCUUCCUUCCGGAGGUUCCUCGUCGUAUCUGAACAGCUACGAUACCAUGUCUGAGCAGAAUCCCAAUUCGCUUCCCCAAACGUGUCCCAGUAGUCCACGGACUCGUUGCGCUAGUCCCAGUUGUAGCGAGCUGGAUCCAAUGCUUCAGAAAUCUUCCAAACACUACCAUCACAAAACCUAUAAACUUUACAAGAAACAAUAUCAGCAGCAACUGCAAGCACCACAGUCUUCUGGGCAUGUCUCCCCGGGGGUUCAGAAUCCCAUAUCUCCGCAGCCGUCGUUCAGCCAGUUUAGCCAGAGUUUCUGGAGCGCCAACAGCAAUCGUAGCAGCGUAAUCAGCACCGGGACGCUCGGAUCGAUCGGUUUCGUUUCGUCGCCGAGUGGUAAUGCGGGAGGAGCUGGUAGUGGUGGCAGUGAUUGCAAUGGCACUGUGGUCGUCGGUGGAGGUAGUACCUAUCAGAACUAUGGUGGCGUUGGCGGCCUUAUCGGAGGAGGAGGAGGAGGAGCAGCAGGUAGCUCCAACAGUCCCUACGCUCAGCGGCGCACCAACGCCGACAAGCAGCGGUUCUCCAACGUGUACGAGUACAAAUUCCACAACUUCGAUCUCAACUCGAUACACGAAGACACCACAAACGAAACAUAACACAUAUUGCAUUUUUAGUUUUGUAAUUUUUUAUAAUCUUGGUCGAGGGCGUGCCUAAAGCCGGCAGAUUCCGCGCGUUUUUUGUCUUUUAUGCAUGCACUCGCUUGAUCGCUUCGGAUGGUAUGGUAUGAGGGAUUUCGGAAAGGUUUGCGUUUCUGUGGGACUUAUUUUUUUGGGUGACGGGUGAAUGUACAUUUGUAGAUGGUACUUGUUUGGUGCUGAUUUUUGUUUUGAAUAUUUAGACUCUCGUUAGUGUUGAAAUUAAGGUAUACUGUGCACUACUUUUGUAAUGGUAUCAACUGCUGAAUAUCCCAUUCUGAAGCAAACCCAAGUAACAUUGUGGUGACCAAUAAGUUUUGUAAAUGUUUUGAGAGCCGUCAUAAAACCUUAUACCUUUUAGUUUGGUUUUAUGAAAAAUUUUAAGAACCUCUUCUAGCCUAUUCGACCAAAGCAUGGUAACACUACACUUGGGAAUCGAAUGUGACAAACCGGUGUACUGAACGAAGGAUUAAAGAUCAUCCAAUUUGAAAAUCUCAUACAAAUUUCAACUUAUCAACUUAGUUUUUCUCCGAUUGAGAUGAAAUUUUUACAGAUUACUCUAAACACGCAAAGGCAUAAUCCUGGGGUGCCCGGUAGAAUUGGACAGCCUUUGUUUUAGCCAUGUGGUCCGGUUUAUUGUACAGCAUUCCUUGAACUGAUUCAGAUUCCAAUCAAUUUCCUUUAUUUGUUUAUUAUUUUUUUAAAAACGCAAAAAUAAAUAAGCAAUGUUGUCAAUAAAACAAAGCGAGAAGCAGCGACCUAGUCGAUAAUGUGCUAGAAGCCAAAUUUGGGUUUUGUGGUUUCCGUAAAGUGGGUUAAUUGAACCCACUAGGGUGCUGAGCAGAAAC